CAAAAACCAAAAAGAGUUAGACAAAAAAGUAACGUACAAACACACACUAUACUCUCAAUCUAAAGCUCUAUGGCAACUACUUCCACACUUUUCACUCAAGAUCAAUUCUUGAACUUCCACUACUCAAGAAGAAUACUUGUAGCAGCCACUCCACAAUUGGCUCCGUCGCCGGCAGCCGGAAACAGCCACGACCCAACAGAUUUACUACUAGUGAACGAUAUCCCCAUUGAUACAAAUGUUGUGCUAGUCUUGUCUGUAAUUUUAUGUGGCUUGAUUUGUUCACUUUUCUUGAACUCCAUUAUAAAGUGUGCAUUUAAGUACUCUAGCCUAAUGUUAACAGACUCAUCCUCAAACCAUAGAAGCACUUCUACAGAAAAGCUAGCCAAUAAAGGAAUCAAGAAGAAAACCCUCAAAACAUUUCCAGUUAUAACUUACACUACUGGAUUGGAACAUCCAGGAAUUGAUGACUCUGAGUGUGUAAUUUGCUUAUCAGAAUUUGGAGUUGGAGAGAAAAUUAAGGUUCUGCCUAAGUGCAACCAUUGCUUCCACGUCAACUGUAUUGAUAAAUGGCUGAAUUCCCACUCUUCUUGCCCUACUUGUAGGCACUGCCUUAUUGAAACUUGUCAAAAAAGUGUGAAUGGAGACAGUUCUGUUACUACAACUGCAAUUCCAAAUUCUCAGGUAGCUAACAAUAUCUCAUCAUCAGCAGCAACAGUUCAAGAAAUCAUAAUUAGGAUUGAACCACUCCAACGUGAAGAUGUGGUAUCUAGCAAUUAAUACUAGGUAUAUAAGAAUAGGAGUAGCUAGCUAUUAUGACACAUUCAUUUAAAGCUUAGUUUUUACUUGUUUACUUGUGAUCUCUUUUUUCUUUUUCUGUGUUGGGGGGAUUAUGUUAGCUAGAGUAUAUAUGGCCAAUGUAAUUUUGUAAUGAUUCAUUAUAAGUUGUACAUAAAUGAAUACUUGUAAUAGAUGCAAGAGUGAAAGGGUAAGACCAAUGCAUAAAGUUAUUAACAAUCA